AUGGAGCCGCCGGCGGUGAUACUGCACGACCCCAACGUAACGUUUGAAGAGUACCUUUACUGGGCCGACGUCACGCGUGCCGAGGAGAAGCUGGCUAAUGAGCGGUAUUUACACUCUCGAGGACCCGUGACGCUCAAGGGUCUUGUGAAAGAUCGCUUCAGGAAGGGCGACGAGCAUAACGGGAGUGGAAGCGAUAAGGCUUUGCAACCUGCGGAGAGUAGGGACGGCGGUGUCGUUACGCCCGAGGAGUGGAAGACAGCGAGUAGGGCGGUGAGGACUGCUGGCUGGGGCGCGGUGUUCUAUCUCAUCACCACGGAUAUCCUUGGGCCAUUUUCUACGCCGUGGUUCAGCUGGGCCUUUGCGCAGAUGGGCUACGGGCCUGGUAUCGCGCUCUACACCGUCUUCGGCGUCAUGUCGUUGUACUCCGGCUGGAUCCUCUACAAAGCUUUCCUCGGCCUCGACUCGGACAGAUACCCCCUCAAAGGCUACGGUGACCUCUACUUCCGCGUCUUUGGCGCCAAGGCGCGGCACGCCAUCAACUUUGCCCAAGGUCUACAGCUCAUGUUGUUUGUGGCCGUCCUGAUCCUCGCGAACGGGCAGUCCAUCUCGCAGAUCAGCAAGGGCCCCAACGGCAACGCGGGAAUCUGCUUCGUAGCGUGUCUUGUCAUCUUCAUGGCCGCCGGGUUCAUCUUGGGCCAGAUUCGGACGCUGCAGCGGUUUUCGUGGAUUGCAAAUCUGGCUGUGUGGGUGAACUUGCUCAUCAUUUUCAUCUGCAUGGGCGUCGUGGCACACUCUCCUCCCAAUUUCGCCGCAACGCAGGCCUCCUUCGGCGACGCCUUCGGACCUGGACCCGUCAUCACCUACGCCGGCACACCCCCACCCGGCAUGGCCUCGGGCGGCUCCGGCUUUUUGGGUUCCAUGAACGGGUUGAACCAAGCCGUCUACUCGUACGGCGGCUGUCUCAUCUUUGCGGCCUUCAUGGCGGAGAUGCGGCACCCCAUGGACUUCUGGAAGGCUCUUCUCUGCGGCGAGGUCUUUAUCUACGUGUGCUACCUCGUCUUUGGGUUGUACGUGUACUCCUUCCAGGGCCAGUACGCCUUCAACCCGGCCAUGCAGAGUCUGUCACCGUACUGGUGGCAGACGGCAACCAAUAUUCUGGGUCUGGUGACGGGUUUGAUCGCGGCGGGGUUGUAUGGGAAUAUCGGCAUGAAGGUUCUUUACGUCGAGCUGCUGCAGGAAAUUUUUGGGGCGCCGCCGUUGACCGAGUCCGCGGGUAAGAUGCUGUGGGCAGCGGUGAUCCCCGUUUACUGGGCUCUCGCCUUCAUCAUUGGCGCCGCUGUGCCGCAAUUCUCCCUGGUGUCUGGUUUCAUCGGGGCGCUGUUCAUCCUGAGCUUCACAUACACCCUUCCCGCGCUGCUCGGCUUGGGCUAUUGGAUUCGUAAGGAUGCAAUGGUGCCGGAGCAGGAGACGUUUGACCCCGCUACGGGUAGGUACGCGUACGUCGACGGCGGGUUCCAGCGAUACUGGAGGGGGUUCAUGAAGAGGCCUCUCUUCAAUGCUUGGAACAUCUUCUACAUGCUGGGAGGGCUCGUCACUACGGCGUUGGGCAUGUACUCGUCGAUCGAGGGGUUGAUCGCAGCGUUCAACGGAAAAUCCCAGGCCACGAGCUUUGGGUGUGGAAGUCCAGUCUGA